AUGAUUCUAGUUAGAGUUCACACUUUCUUCCAUUCUAUAUUUUUAUCCAGGAACUGGGGACUUUGGCAUGACAUAAUGAUGAAGGAUUCUCCUAAUUAUUACAAUGGUUAUCAUCCUAUCCCCAUGCCCAGAAAUUUGAAUGCCCUCAUUCUGUGUCUCUCCAAGAGUUUUUAUCCGGCGCUUGCGUUUUGCCUCAAGGAGCUGCCUGAAGGCACUCGGGCGCCGAGCUGUCCUCAUGCCCCUCCUGGCCGGCCUCUCACGCCCCCAGGCCUGGCAGCUGUGCCCAACACUUACCACGUUCACACUGAAACUAUUACGGUCUGCAGCACUUCAUGGGUCCGCUGGCAUUCGCGCGAGCGCCGCCGUCCCGUCCUCUCGCCCGAGCGCCCGACGAAAACACACGACGCGACGGGAGGCGGCGAGGACAAACGCCCCUCGGCGCCCCCUUCGGCGCCCCUCGCGUCCUCCGCGCUGCCCGGACCCGCUUCCGGCUCAGGAAAUUCCCCUUCGCCCCCGCCCCUCCACCUCGCCCCGGGGCCCCGCGUGCCCAACGGCCAGCGAGAUCGCCCCGGCUGCCCUGGCGUGCGCCUCAUGGCCAUGGCGGACGAGGCGGACGAGGCGCCCGACUUGAACCGCGCGCAGGCACUGAAGGCGGCCGUUCAUUUCACGGUUGGAAGAACCUGUGAGGAAGUUGGAGCCGAGCUCGGCCUGUCCUUCACAAAACAAGUCAUUGCAACGUUGUCUGAGAUCACUUGCAGACAGCUGCAGACUUACACAGCUGACCUAGAGGCUUUUGCAAAACAUGCUCGCAGAACCACAAUUAACUGUGAUGAUGUAAAACUUCUUGUCCGUCGAAACAGUCAUCUGGCUGAUCAUAUGAAGGAAAUGGCAGACAACUUGGAAGAAGCUGGAGGGAAAAAAGAGCGGAAGAAGCGCGGAAGAAAGCCUAAAGCCUCAGUCACAGCUGAAACUUCAAAAGAAGAACAUGAAGCAGAAUAAUAUUCUCAAAUUAAUAUUUAGAUAUAUGCAAUUCAUAAAGAUAUUUCAUAUCUUGUGAAUGUUUGAAUUACAAAUGCUUUUGUCAAAUUUUCAAGAUAUUUAUUUUUCAUAAAGAUAUUUCAUAUCUUGUGAAUGUUUGAAUUACAUUUUUCUUAUACAGAGACCCUUAAAACCAUGCUGCUAUAAAAAGUUGCGUAAAUUGUCCUUAACUCAUUUGCUAGGAAUGGUAAAAGAGGAACAUUCAGCAAAAAUAUCUACGGUAAUUACAUAAACAAAUAUAUACCUAUACAAAUUUUAUAUGAUCUGUUCCAAAUUCCUUUACUAUUAAAGUAUCUGUACCUUGA